GAGGCGGGACUUCCGGUCCCGCUUUUUCCAGAGACGUCCCUUUUUUGAUGCGGGAGGUUCAAACUGCUACUUCCCUGUUUUGUUUUUUUCCUUUUGGCCCUCCGGCUCGCCGCUGCUGCCCCAGCCACCAGGACUUGAACGGGCGCCUCAAUCGAAACACUUCUUGUGUCCAUGUUCUUCUGCAGAUGAAAUUCUUUUCCUUCAUCGAUAGUUACUGUUUUCCUGAAGUAACCCCGGAGAAGCAGUCACGAACGGUACGGACAAAAUAGAGGUCGGCCGUGGUUGCUCUCCUCUCGAUGUGGAAAGAAACUUCACAGCCGAGACCUGCCCUCCUGUGCUGAAGUGUGGCAUACCCAGGCGCAGACAUGGCAGCUGAAGUGCGCAUGGUUCUUUAUGAAGAUGACUCGGUGCAGGUGCAGUAUGCCGAUGGCUCCACACUGCAGCUCUCGCCCUGUGGCUCUGAAUUCCUAUUUGAAAGGGCACCUCAUCUUUCAACACAUCCCUUACAACAACCAGAGAGGAUUCGUCAACGGACACACUUUGUCAUUAGCACCUACCGAGAACAAGUACAGCGAGCCCUCGAUUUUCGAAACUCUUCAGCUACAUGCCCUUUUUUAUCUGAAAGCCUCAUACCUCCUGAAAGAAAAAAGCAUAUCUUCAUUGAUUUCUCAGAAGUAAAAUGGCCUAGUCUUGAUAGAUAUGACAGCAUCACAUAUUCAGAGAGUGGCACUGUGAAGAUAACAUCCCUAGAUGGACAUGCAUACCUUUGCCUGCCCAGAUCUCAGCGUGAAUUUACAGUACAUUUUUUGUGUAAAGUAAGCCAAAAGCCAGAUUCAUCUGUAAUACUAUCCGAAACAAAUAAUCGAGUCCCGAAAGAUAAACUAGUUGGAAAGACCAGCAAAAUCUGCACAUGUGGAAGUUUAUCAGGACAAAGAUUAAAGAAUAAAGAAGACGAACUUCGUUACCAGAUCUUGAAAUCUAAAGAAGCUUCAGCAAACAUAUGUUGUGUGCAUGGAGCUGAGGGGAGGGAGGAGCUGCCUUCCCCAAGUACAAAGCACAGAUGUGUGUACACAUGGGUGAAGCAGUGUUGGUCUAUUGCCUCCUGUCCAGAGCAGUGGAAAUACCCUUUGUCUUUAGCACUUCGUUUUUACAACCAAGUUAGCAUUGUGUCUGAAAUUGAUGCAGAUUUCCCUGCAAGUGGAAUUGUAACUUCUGACACUCCAGAAGAAAGUGGAAAGGAGGUUUCCGUCCUUCCCAGGGCCUUGUUACUCAGCUGCCCUGCUCCACACAUGCACAGGUGGAACUUCUGUGAUUCACUGUUACAAAGACAGUCUGAUGAAGAAGAGUAUUCCUAUCCUGAGCUUGUGAAGGUGGUGUGGAGUAAAGGUAUUACAUUCAGGCUUACCCAUAAAAAUGUAAACUCGAUAGAGAUUUAUCCUGGAGAUGGAUCCAUUUUCAAGUCAGAAGGAACUUAUUUUGGUAGCUAUUUUACAUAUUAUUCAAGUCAAGAAGAAUCAGAAAAGAGAGAAGAGAAAACUUAUUCCGUAAAUAACCUCCCUCCAGACAGACCUGGAAGCCUCUUGUCUGUACGUUCUCUGAUUAAGCAGGCAACAAGAAUUCUUCAGCAUUGUGCCAAGACAAGGCUUUCACUAAGCCACAACUAUCAUGUCUGCUGCUGGAAAAUGGUAUCUGGAGUAAAUGUUAACAAUAAUUUGCCUGUACUUCUGAAGGAAUCACUCAUACCCAGUGUGGGGAGAUUUCUUGCCUACUCUGAUGACAAAGUUCACGCUGUCUUUUUAGAUGGCGUCACUCUAACGCUGAAUUGGAAUUUCAGCUCCUCAGCUGAAAAAAGACAAGUAAAUGAAGGUCUCAACUUGGGUUGGUGCAGAUUAACGUUUCCUGAUGGACAGGAUCAGUUAAUUCAAACUGAGCGUCCUGGAGCAUAUGACAGAUACGUGACAGCAGUAACAUCAUGGUGCAGAAGACUGACCCAGACUAGUCCAAGACAGGUGCCCAAACAUCUAUCACCUGUUCACAAAGAAAAUUGUAAAUGCCUUGUUUACAUAAAGCUGAAAGAGGGUUAUUACUGUUGACAUACUAAGAAAUGAAGCUGGAAGCGAGGCAUGGUGGCACACACCUUUAAUCUCUGCAUUAGGGAGGCAGAAGCAAGUGGAUCUCUGUGAGUUUGAGGCCAGCCUGGACUACAGAGUGAGUUCCAAGACAGCCAAGUCUGUUACACAGAGAAACCCUGCCUUGAAAAAAACAAGAAGGAAGUCAGGUGUGGUAAUGCAUGAUGGUGCAUGCCUUUAAUCCCAGCACUUGGAGGCAGAACCCAGUAGAUCUUGAUGAGUUUGAGCCAGCCAAGAGCAACAUAGUGAGACUUUGUCUCCAAAAAUAAAACCGAAAGUAAAAGUGCAAUUGGUGAUAGCAGCUGCCGGUGAAAGCAGUGAGGAGCAGCUCUGAACACCAUCCUCUGUCUUGCCAAAGACUGUAGUUUGAAGGAAGAGAAGCAAUUGCACAAUAAAUUGUAUUUCAGUAUUUUUCCUACCUGCCAUCAUUAGCUUAUUGAUUCAGCUUCUUAGUAACUUGAAUAAAACACUGUUUUUAGACAACGUCCUCACUCAUCUUUCAGAGGUAGUCAUUAUAGUAUUUGUAUAGUGUUCCAACUUGGUGGGGAAGACAAGA